UUCACAUUUUUCGUAGUACGGAGCACGGAAGCAGACGUUCCAAGCAUUGAGCUGACGCACGUAAAUCACGCUUCAACCACAACAGCAGCAACAACAGCAACAAUAGCAACAGCAACAACAACAACAACAACAACAAUAACAACAACAGCAACAAAUUAUAUGAAACUUCAGCAAAAAAUUGGCCAAACAGUACAAAUACAGGAAAUUUUUCCAUUUUAUUUUAUUUUUUUUUAACUGUGUGCGUGCAAUACAAACGGAACGGAUCAACAGAAUCAUUAGCUCAGAGCACAUAUGUACACACAUAAUGUGCUAGGAAGUUGUGCGACGAAAACGACAACGACAACAACAAUAACAACAACAAAGCAACAACAAAAGCAACAACAACAUCAACAACGACAACGACUGUAGCUGCCUUCAUAGGGCGAAGGGUAUAAAGCAAAAUAUAAUUGCAAAAUACGCGUAAAAAUUAGUUAACCAAACGGCUUUAAUCUAAAAUACAUAAUAUAUAUAUGUAUCUACAUACAUUGUGCAGUGCGUAGAUCGUAAGCACGUUCGACGGAUCUCAACUAUAGUCAUAAAUAAAUAGUAGCAGAAAUAAUACUAAAAAGCUAAGCCGCAACAAAAUGCAAAUAGUUGCAAAUGUGUAACAAGUGAAAUGUUAUAUUGAACAGAGUCCGAGGCAUUAGAGCUGACAAAUGUUCUAUGCAAAUAGCGUUUACUUUAAAACGCCCAAAAACAAUAGCAACAACAACAACCACGCCAACUACAACAACAACACUGACAGUAUUAACGUUUGGAACAACAAAAACAGCAAUCGUAAAAAGUGAAGUGUGUACAUAUGUGUAGGCAACGAAUUGGCUUGCCAGCGUAUACCGAUGUACAUAACUAUGUAUGCUUCUGUACAUAUGUAUGUACAUACGGUAUUGUGAAUGUGACACCUACGCAACGCGAAGCGCAUUAAAGUGCGAACAGCAGAAGCCGCCAACACAGCAGCCGCCCAACUCCAAUCAGAAGCACGUCACACGCACGCGCAAUAAAACCAAUAGAACAAAAAGAGACAACAACAGACAGCCAACCAGCCGCAGCAGCCGCAGGAGCCGCAGCAGCCGCGGCAGCAGCAGCCGCAACAGUAGCUGUCGCAGCCGCCGAGGGAGCAGCAGCAGCAUCAGCCGUACAUCUUAACAAGCGCCAGUGUUGCGUGCGUGCGUGCGUGCGUGCCAGUGUGCCAGCGCGCCAGUGUGUGCGUGAGCGUGUGCGUGCGUUCGUGCGCGUUGGCAAUGUAUUUGCUAGCCUUGCCGUUUUGCCCUUUGGUGUGCCUGCUAUGCUUGUGUUUGGGAUUUGGCAAUUUGACUUACGGACUUGGGGAACAAUAUGAGCGUGGCAUAAGCAACCGCGCUGGCGGUCCAGAAAAUACCCAAGAGCGUCCUCAGAACUGGUAUCAAUCGGCUCAUCCACGAACUGCGAACGGAAAUGGACACGGUGUGCAUGAGGAAGAGUUGGCCGAUGAGCUGCUGCAUAAGGAAGAUGAUCACGACUAUCUCUCCGUAUCCGACUAUCCACCACAUCAGGACCACGAGCAUGAACACGAGCAUGGACAUGAGCACGAUCCUGAGCAUGAUCAUGAACAUGAUCAUGAACAUGAUCAUGAUCAUGGGCUUGACAACAUUGAUGAACAUUUGGAGGACAAUGAGGAUAGUGACAAAUUGUAUGGACACGUAUUUACCAAGGAACCAAUGAUGCCCCACAAGCACAACGUCAUGACGGGCUCAGGGACUACCAGCACCGGCGAUACCCCAAAGUUCCGUAACGUAGGUGCACAGGGCGGACGGGGCGAUAUGUAUGUGGUGCGUGAGUCGGAUAGACAGGCCAAUACACGUGGUCGCGAUGGUUUUGUCGCCGGCGCCAGUAACAAGCAGAAGGGCUUUCGGCCAUUCGCCAACCGGGUUGUUGUCCACGAUGAUCCCCGACAACUGGGCCAGCCCGGCGAUGGCUUCAGCGCACCGCCGUCCACUGGCUGCCACAAUAGCUGCGAGGAGUUGCAGUGGCAGUGCAGCAAUUGUCAGUGCAUCGAAUCAAUUGGCCGUUGCAAUCGCGAGGUGCAGUGCACCGAUGGCUCCGACGAGUUCGAUUGCGACAAUAUGGAUGACAUGAUGUCCAAGCUGCAAAAGCAAUGCGAGCAGAGCGGACUGCAUGUCAUGUGCCCGAAGACCUAUCGCUGCAUCAAUAAGGACUGGCUCUGCGACGGUGAUGACGACUGCGGCGAUUACUCGGAUGAGACGCACUGUGGCGCGCGAACCAACUGCACGGAGGAUCAAUUUGAGUGCCAGAACGGCUUCUGCAUUCCGCGGCAAUGGCUAUGCGAUGGUGAAAACGAUUGCAAGGAUUUUUCGGACGAGGUGCACUGCAAUCGCAGCAGCUGCACCGAUGAGCAUUUCACCUGCAACGAUGGCUACUGCAUUUCCCUGGCCUUUCGCUGUGACGGCGAACGCGACUGCGAUGACAAUUCGGACGAGCUGAAGUGCCCGGCCGUGAUCAACAGCUGCCCGGAGGGUGAGUUUAAGUGCCGUGGUGGUCUCGGCGGAGCCGGUGGACCCAGCGGCCAAUGCAUACUGAAUCGCUUUCGCUGCGACGGCGACAAUGAUUGCGGCGACUGGAGCGACGAGGAGAAUUGCCAACAGAAGCCAUCGCAAUGCACAUCCGGCGAAUACAAGUGUGCGGAUGGCACGUGCAUUCCCAAGCGUUGGAAGUGCGACAAGGAGCAGGACUGUGACGGCGGCGAGGAUGAGAACGAUUGCGGCAAUAUGAGUCCAGAGCAUCCACCGACCUGCGGUCCCGACGAGUUCACCUGUCACAAUGGCCGUUGUAUUUUGCGUACCUGGCUCUGCGAUGGCUAUCCGGAUUGCUCAUCAGCGGAGGACGAGGUGGACUGUCAUUUGCUGUGCGAUCCCGGCCAAUUUCUUUGCCCGGCCAAGAAGAACAUCACCAACCUAAAAAUUUGCGUACACCAGAAACAUGUCUGCGAUGGCCAAAACGAUUGUCCACUCGGCGAGGAUGAAGUCAACUGUCCCGUAGAGCAACAAUGUCCCGAGCCAAGGCAGUGCGAGCAGCUGUGCAUCAAAUCGGCUCGAGGACGAGAUGAAUGCGCCUGUCGUUUGGGUUAUCUAAUGAAUGCGAAUAAGCGCAACUGCACGGACAUCGACGAAUGCCAAUAUCUGACAAGUCCCGUCUGCUCACAGAAGUGCCACAACACAUUGGGCUCGUUCGUGUGCUCCUGUGAGAUGGGCUAUAUAUUGCGGCCAGACUUGCGCACCUGCAAGGCGCUGGGCGGGGCGAUGACGCUGCUCGUGGCCAACCGAUGGGAUAUACGGCGCGUGACGCUGAGCAACAAUCGUUAUAUGGCCAUAGUAAAGGGGCUACACAAUGCAAUUGCCUUGGACUUUCAUUAUCGCAAGGGUCUUAUGUUCUGGUCCGAUGUCUCUACCGAUGUAAUCAAAAUGGUAUACAUCAACGGAACACGGGUGCGUGAUGUUAUCAAGUGGGGUUUGGAGUCGCCGGGAGGUAUUGCCGUCGAUUGGGUGCACGAUCUUUUGUUUUGGACAGACUCGGGCACUCGGCGCGUUGAGGUCUCAAAUUUUCAGGGUAAUUUGCGUACGGUAAUUGCUUCAAGCGAUUUGGAUAAGCCGCGUGCCAUUGUCAUACAUCCGGGCGAGGCCCUGGCAUUCUGGAGCGACUGGGGUCCUAAUCCGAAGAUUGAACGCGCCCACAUGGAUGGCUCGCAGCGACAAGUGAUUAUUUCGAAAGGUGUCACCUGGCCCAAUGGCCUGGCCAUCGAUUAUCCCAAUAGCAAAAUAUAUUGGGCCGAUGCCAAGCAGCAUGCCAUCGAGUGCUCCAACCUGGAUGGCAGCGAGCGCAACAAGGUGCUUAGCACACAUCUACCUCAUCCGUUUGCUCUAACCAUCUUUGAGGAUACCAUGUACUGGACCGACUGGAACACAAAGACUGUCUCGGCUGCAAACAAGAUAACCGGAAAAGGCUUUCGAUCGGUGCACGAGAACUUUCACUUCCCCAUGGACAUACACGCCUACCAUCCGGCACGGCAGCCGGACUAUCAGGAUCGUUGCCAGAAGGACAGACGUGGCCUGCGCGGCGGCUGCUCCCAUUUGUGUCUGCCAAACAAGACAUCCCGCCGCUGCGGCUGUCCCAUCGGGCUCUCGCUAAAGGACGACGGCAAGACCUGCAAGAGCGCACCAGACAAGCUUGUGCUAGUCGCGCGGCGCAAGGACAUUCGCCUGCGCCAGCUAAACAGCAAACCCUCCGGUCCGAACGAGGUCGACAUGAUUGUGCCCCUGGAUAACCUUAAGCAUGCAGUUGCUCUGGACUGGUGCAGCGAAACCGAUUUCAUCUACUGGACCGACGUGGAGCGUAGCUCCAUCAAUAAGGCCCAUCUAAAUGGCAGCUAUCAGCAGCGCGUCGUGCACUCGAAUUUAGUUUCGCCCGUUGGCCUGGCACUCGACUGGAUCACCGAUAAGCUGUACUGGACGGAUCCCUCAACGAAUCGCAUCGAAGUGGCCACCACAAAUGGCAAAAUGCGCACGCUGCUUGUCUGGGAAAAAUUGGAUAAGCCACGCGAUAUUGUUGUCAAUCCGAUAGAUGGUCUUAUGUUCUGGUCGGACUGGGGUGAAGAGGCAAUGAUCGAGCGAGCCAAUAUGGACGGUGCCAGUCGUGUCAUAAUAGCGUCUAAAAAACUCAUUUGGCCCAAUGGACUCGCCAUCGAUUAUGAUCAACACAAACUGUACUUUGUCGACGGCGGCACCAAAACCCUGGAGAACAUGAACUUUGAUGGCAGUAGCCGCAAGGUUAUUAUCAAUGGACUGGGCCAUCCUUUUGGACUGGAUGUGAGCGGUGGUCGUGUGUACUGGACCGAUUGGGAUACCAAAUCGGCGAUGAGUGCCGAUAAAAUGACGGGCAAGAGCGUCGCCACUGUUAUCGCAAACACCAGUGACCUAAUGGAUAUACGGGUCUUCCAUCGGAUGCGCCGGCGGGUUUACAACGCGUGUGACAAGCAGAAUGGCGGCUGUUCCCACCUUUGUCUCCUAAAUCCAACUAGCUUCACGUGCGCCUGUGCCGUUGGGGUGCAGCUAAGGGAAGAUGGUCGUACGUGCUCGGAGGGGCCUUCUAAAUAUAUUCUCUUUGCCCAUCGCAUCGAUAUCAGGCAAAUCUCUUUAGACUUUGACCAUCUAAUCGAUGUGGUACUCCCAUUGCCGCCGAUCUCCAAUGCAGUUGCUCUCGAUGUUGACCAGAAGACGGGCUAUAUUUUCUGGUCAGACACCAUUGAGAAUGUCAUCAUGAGCUCCAGUCCAGAUGGCUUGCAUGUGCAUAAGGUGAUCGGCGAAAGCCUGGAGAAUCCGGACGGACUAGUUGUCGACUCCAUUGGACGCGCAAUCUAUUGGGCCGACGCAGGUCGUCACACAAUUGAAGUGGCCACCCUUGAGGGCAACCAUCGACAUGUCAUUGCGUAUAAGGAUCUGGAAUCACCGCGUGGAUUGGCCCUCGACUAUGAAGCUGGUCUACUCUUUUGGACCGACUGGGGACACUAUCGGAAAAUCGAGCGUUCACACCUGGACGGCAACGAGCGCUCUCGCAUUGUGACCGCCAAUUUGGGCUGGCCAAACGGGCUCUCACUGGAUCUGAAGAGCAAACGCAUCUACUGGGUGGAUGCGCGCCUAAAGACCAUAGAUUCAUGUGACUACACGGGCAACCAACGCAAGUUGAUCAUGUCAUCUCUACACCAUCCCUAUGCACUGGCACUCACCGAGGACUUCAUCUAUUGGACCGACUGGAAGUCCAAGGCCCUGCACAUGGCUGAUCGACGCAACACAAGCGCCAAGCGCGACGUCAUGACCAACAUUGAUGGGUUAAUGGACAUUAAAGUGAUUGUUAAGCAUCAACUGAUGACGGAGAAUGUUUGCGGUCACAACAACGGCGGCUGCUCACAUCUCUGCCUGCGCAAUCCUGCGGGCUUCACAUGCCAGUGCCCCACUGGACUCAGGUUGCGCGAGAAUAGUACAACGGAAUGCCAAAAUUUGCCAGACGAUUAUCUACUGAUUGCGCUGCGCUCGGGCAUCGGCAUGAUCUCUUUGAAUAGUGGGGACUACAUGGACGUGGUGCUGCCUAUCAAUGGAGUUCACGGAGCAGUUGUCCUGGACUAUCACUAUCGCAACAAUUGGCUCUUCUUCGCUGAUGUCAAUCUGGACGUCAUUCGCCGCGUGAAUCUGCUUAAUUUCACCGACAGCAAGGUGGUGGUCAGCACCGAGCUGCUUACUCCGAAUGGCAUUGCAGUUGACUGGAUUGCCGAUAAUCUCUAUUGGUCGGACACGGAUCGCAAGCUGAUUGAAGUGGCGCGCCUCGAUGGCAGCUGCCGCAAGAAGCUCAUCACUGACGAUUUGGGCGAUCCGCGCUCUCUUAUCGUGCAUCCAUCCAAGGCCUAUCUUUUCUGGUCGGACUGGAACUCACCGUCGAAAAUCGAACGCAGUAUUUUGGAUGGCUCAAAUCGCACAGCGAUUGUGACAUCUGGCAUUGGUUUUCCCACGGGCCUGACCAUCGAUUUUACCAAUCGACGUUUGCUUUGGGCCGAUGCGCUUGAGGACAAUAUUGGCCAGGUGGAUUUCAAUGGAAAACGCCGUCAGACUAUUGUGCCGUAUGCCCCACACCCAUUCGGCCUGACCAUGUUCGAGAGCAACAUAUACUGGACCGAUUGGUACAACAAGUCCGUGUACCGCUCACAGCGGGUACCACGCAUGGGCUAUAGCUAUCCAUUCGAAGUGCGCGACGCUCUGAGUGGUGCGCUGGACAUACGCGCCGUCUCGCUACAGCGCCAGGCAAAGAGCUGGAAUCAGUGCGCCCAGGAUAAUGGGGGCUGUUCGCAUCUGUGCUUCUACCGUGCCGUCGAUUAUGUGUGCGCCUGUCCGGAUCGAAUGGAGAGCGAUAGACGCGCAUGUUCUACCACGCCCAAAGAGAUGGUCCAGGCACGCCUCGAGAGCGAUCAACCCGAUUACUCGGACGAGCUGACAGAUGACACCGGAUCAACUGAGAACCAGAAUAACAAUAACCAGCUCGACGAUGACAUCAAGAACAAGGAGAACAGCGAGCGCGAGUUCUUUGUGCUCGUAGCGCUCGGCGUUGUCAUUGUGAUGGUCAUCAUCAUAAUGCUCGUCAUAUUCAUGCUUGCUUUUAAUACAAAUCGCAAAAAGGCGAAGCGCAACUCACGAGGAUCCAGCCGCUCAGUACUGACCUUCUCCAAUCCUAACUAUAACGUGGACGGCACACCUAUGGAGCCUAAGACAAACAUCUGGAAACGUUUCAAAUAUGACAAAUCGCACGAACGCACCGGAGUGUACGAGGAGCGCAGUCUAACCACGGAAACUGCCUCGUCCAGCCUGUUUGUGCCAACGCCCUCCCCGAUGGCUUCGCCGUCGACAAAGACUAUGCAACUGACAACGCUCUCGACUAUCACAUAAACUGAAAAGACGUAACAUAACUCAGAGAAACAUUAAGAUCAUUAAAAAAAAAACAUCCCUACAUAAUUACUAAUACCAUUUUGUUACUAUGAGAAUGAGAUAUUGAUGACUAAGAUGAUCAAGAUGAUGAUGAUGAUGAUAAUGAUAAUGAUAAUGGUGAUGAAACUGAUGGAUGAUGAUGUAUGUAUAGAGCUGAGGAACUGAUCUGCUCAGAUUCUUUGGCUAUUAUUGGGUUAGGUGUUAUGCUUUGGAAAAGGCAUGUAUAAGUAAAUACUUAUAGAUGAUCUGCCUAACUGGCUGUGUAAUAUUAUUGAAGCUAAGUAAAGACAUAAGGCCUGUUACAGACGUCGAUUUUGAUAUAUACCCUUAUUCAAUUCUAUUUUGAGAGUCAACUAUUUAUGCCGUGAUUAUGCUUGCCCAAAACCAAAUAUAGAUGAUAUGUAUGUAUGUAUGGUAGUCGAAAUCCUUUCAGUACCAGUAUGUUAUAUGUUAGAGCAUGAUAUAUAUUUCGAUUGAUACUAUAUGCACUUAUAUCUCUAUCUGUAAUGCAUACAUAACCUCUCAAAAAGUGUGUACACAAUCACAUCUGUAAAUAUACUGAACGGAAAGAAGUUUUUUUUUUUUUGUAAAGAAUAAUAUACAAGUAGGUCAUACAGCUUAAUGGGACCGAGUUUUGUAGGGCGACAAGAGGAGAAGAGAACAGCUAGUGUGUGAAUGGAGCAGAGCUAUAUAAGAAAAUGUGUUUCAGUAUAGUACUUUAUUUAGUGGUUCCUCUUUUAUUUUAAACAUUAGUCUGGGAGUUAUUCAAGAGCUAUUUGUUCCAAAUGAAAAUUAAGUAAAUUUCAGUUUAAAAAAAAUAUUUAAUAAGCAGCAAGUACAAGUUUUUCUUUGGGUAACAUGUGCUGCUAUCCCGCUCUAAGCCAUGUAAUUUCAUAGUUAGUCCAGAUCCAAAAAAAAAAAAAAAAAAAAAACUAAAACCAAACUCAAAUGUGAACUUUCAAAGAUUUGCAUUGUUUCCCUGUAGUUUUCAUUCUUUUUCAUUCCUUUCCAAUACUGGUUAAACUGGAUUCGUACCAAAAAUCGACUAAAUGAGAGGCGGGUGGAAAUUUGUAUAAAAUGAAAGUUUGCAACACAGUUGCAACAAUGAAUUGUAAAUGUUAGUAGUACGCAAGCAAGUAUUAUCACGUUAUAAAUGUGACUUAAAUCGUUAAAAAUCGUCUGGGCAACAAAUUGUAAUAUAAUUCACACUUUGGUUUGCUUAAAUAACAAAAAAAAAAUCUGUAGAUACACAAAUAUAUCUACAAAUAUGUAAUUGCUUUAUGUUUAAGGCCUUUCAUACGCCAUUCAAUUGAUUUAUAUAUAUUUAUGUAUAUGUGGAAAUUUAUUAUUUGUAUGCGCCUUCAUAAUAUGAUUAGAGUUCGAAAACAUUUUUGUUUCGUAUAUUUUGUAUUUCUUCAGUUUUAACUCCCUGCGAGUGUUGGCCGACCGAUUCACCGUGCAAUAAUGACAAAAUUUCACCCAUAGCUAAACCACAAAAAUUGGCAGAGAGUAAACUAGUACAAAUGUGUGUACAUAUACUUAUGACAGUCAGUGUUGCCAAUACAAAUGAGAAAGUCAACAUAAUAUAAUAUUUUUAACAAAUGAUUGCCUUUAUAAAAGCCACAAGAAAAUCAAAAAUUACAACUGAUUUAAAAAACGAAAAAAAAACACACACACACACUUUCGAAUGUUUAUAUUUUACUGUUAACAUUUUAUGUUCUGCUGGCACUAAAAUUUAUAUUUUUAGUAUUCUGAAUACAAAAAUAUGAAAAUGGCGACACUGAAACUAUGAGCAAACAAGAAAACAAAAACAAGAAAACAAAAACAAAAAAACAAAAACAAGAAAACAAAAACAACAAAAAAAAAACAAAAGCAAGAAAAAACUCAACAAAUACUAUACAAACUGGUUUUAAUCUUCCAAUGUUCAUGCAUAUGGAAUUUUUCAACACUAGCAAUCGCGAUUUUAUCAAGUUCAGCGAAAGUGGAAUUGAUUGGUGUUUCGGAAAUCAAAAAAAAAAAAAAAAA